AUGCGACACGAUAAAAAAACAUCUUGGCCUGUAUGCACGACAUGUAAAUUAAAUAUUACUGAUCGCUAUGUACUAUGUGUAGCACCUGAAAUAGUAUUUCACGCUGAGUGUUUGAGAUGUGUAGAAUGUCAACAAAAAUUAGAUGAACAAUCAACAUGUUAUAUUCGCAAUGGUUCAACAUAUUGCAAACAAGAUUAUCAAAGACUAUUUGUUCCCCGUUGUUAUUCGUGUAAAAAAUAUUUGAAUAAAGAUGACUUAAUAAUGCGCGCACGAACAAACGUUUAUCACCUUGAUUGUUUUCGUUGUGAAGCGUGUAGUAAAUGUUUGCAAACUGGUGACGAAUAUGCACUAAGUGACAAUCGUUUAUUAUGUCGUAAUGACUAUGAAACAAUAAUGACAAAUAAUAGUAAUAAUAAUCAUAAUAAUAAUAAUAAUAAUAAUAAUAAUAACAAUAAUAAUAGCAAAACUAAAACUGGUCAAAAUAAUGUUGUCACUGAUAAAUUGAAAACCAUCGAUUGUUUUGAAAACAACUCAAAUAUUAUACCAAAAAAUGAAUCACUAUUAGAACCGUUAACAACAAAAUCAAAUGAAAAUUUAGUCAAACGAAAAAAAUCUCAUUCAAGUGACACAAGUAUCAAUUUUCAUACAUCAAAUGGUGAUUGUUCGUCAAAUCAAAGUCAGACAUCUGUAAAAUCUUCCGAUUCUCCUCCAAUGUCUCCGACUAAUCACUCAACAGCUGCUGAACGUCGUCCACGUCGUGACAAACAAGCACGAAUGAGAACAGUUUUAAAUGAAAAACAACUGCAUACUCUAAAAUCUUGUUAUGCUUAUAAUCCAAGACCUGAUGCGCUAUUGAAAGAACAACUGUGCGAUAUGACCGGCCUAAACAGUCGGGUUAUUCGGGUGUGGUUUCAAAAUAAACGAUGCAAAGAUAAGAAGAAAAGUGUAGCAACACAAAAUCGAAAUACAUAUUCAGUUGAUAAACGUCACCGUAUGGUAGACAUGUCGGCAAUGCAACCGAUUGCUCCUGAUGGUACACCCUUACUAACCGAUAUAGGCCAUAUGACGGUGUUAACUCCAUGUAAUAGUUCGAACAACCAUGGAAAUGUUUAUGACUCAUCAAAUGGUUCCUAUUUAUCAACUCGUGACGGAAUGAUAUAUACAUUAUCCUCACAUGAUGACGUAUCGAAUACAACCUAUCAAAAUGUGCCGGGUGCUGAUUGGAAAUUAUGUGUUGAUUAUCCAUCAUCUCAAAUGGCUCCAAAUUAUACAGUUUCACAAUCUUCUGCGCAUGAUGCUUCAUUAAUGAUGCCAUCAGAUGAAGACAGUCUUGAUCAGUCUAAUUCAGAUUUCAGUGAUUCGUAA